AAACCAAAGCAUUACCAUAGAGCAUCGUCGCAAAAGAUUAGUCCCAAGUUGCUUCUUUUACUCCUGCAAAAGACAACAAUUGAUUAACAAACACCCGGUUGCAGAAAAAGUUUACAUUUACACCGCAACGCAUCUAAUAUAUUAAUACCACUACAUUCCUACACACACACACCCCCCUUCUCUCCCCUCCAUCACAGCAAUGCCUAGCGACGAAGAAGACUACAUCCCUUGGAUUCAACAGUUCUGUGAACUCUUUGGCCACGACUACUUUGUCCAAGUCUCUCAGGACUUUAUUGAGGAUGAUUUCAAUCUCACGGGCCUCCUGCUGCAGGUUCCUUACUAUAGAGAAGCAUUAUACACUAUACUAGACUAUCAAGUAGAGACAGCUGAAGAUUCACCACAAGAUAACAACUCUAUCCCCGGUACAGCCAACACCACCGCCACCACCAACACAGCCAACACCUCUAGCUCCAAGAAAGAAGCCAAAAAUGAACUUCCAAACAAGGCAUUACUAGCUCAUUCGGCAGAGUUGCUCUAUGGGUUAAUUCACGCCCGUUACAUCAUAUCCAAACAGGGACUCACCGCCAUGGCAUCCAAGUUUGAGCGCAAUGAUUUCGGCUCGUGUCCUCGUUACUUUUGUGAUGGUAUGCAUUUGAUCCCCGUAGGUCUGACGGACAUCCCGGGGCAAGAAACGGUGCGAUUGUAUUGUCCUUGCUGCAAUGACAUUUACAUUCCUUCCAGCUCACGUUAUUUGAAUAUCGACGGUGCAUUCUUUGGAACUACGUUCCCAGGUUUACUUGUUAAAAUGUUUCCUGAAAUAGAAAAUCAGUGUCGAAUCAGAAUAAAUAAAUUUAGUGCUAAUGAUUUCGGGUUGAAAUUGUUUGGAUUCAAGGUGAAUGAAACCAGCGCCAGUGGACCGCGGAUGAGAUGGUUACGAAUGCAUCCAAAGACCGACGAGGAGAAGGAAGAGUACGAAAACUGUGAGUUCAGCGUACCCAAAUGGGUAUCUGAUAGUGAUAUGGAAGAUGCCAAUGACGAUGAUCAGGAAGAUGGCGAUGAUCUUGAUGAUGAUGAAGACGACGAAGACGACGACGAUGAAGAGGAGAAUGAUGAUGAUGAUAAAACUAUGGCUAGCGAGUAACCUCGAUAGAAACACCUACUCGUCAUGCUCUAUGUAUAUUUACAAAUAUAAACUAUACAAAUGUAUUAAUUGUAGUUCAAUGAGUCAAGUUCAUUGGCUUUCCUGGCUCCCAUUCUUUGAUGCCGUUUCGGAUAUUAAUCCAGUAUUUCAAUCGGAUGGCAGUCAUCAUGAGCUCGUCCCAGUCCUUGAUUUCGUAUUUAAUCAUGUCAGCAAUCUCCGCUUCUGUUUCUUCAAUCCGUUCCUCAUUUUCCACUUCUAAUUCCUCCAAUUCUUGUUCCAGAGUGGCCAAUUCCAAUCGUUCAUGUACCUCAAGAACAUUCAUCAAUAUCUCCUUGUAUGCCAAACUGCUUUGGGUGGAUUUACUUUGAAACUUUUUGAUCAAAUCCUUGGAAAUUUCAUCGCGAGAUAGAUCAAGAUGAAGUGGGUGGUUCACCUUUAUGAAAUGCACUAUUCUCGAAUAUGGGUUUUUCAAAGUGGUGUAGGCCUUAUUUAUAACUUCACUAAGUGAUGCCUCAUUCGACACGACUUCUGAAUUGAGGAUAGCUGACCCGUUCAAAUCAGGGUGGUUCUCACUCUGCAAAUUUCUAUACUCUCUCCGCAAAUGUUUCGGGUUGAUAAUGAAUGAGUCCUGGGGUGGACCUCCAUGAGGGAAGUUCUGAGGAAAGAGCUUGAAGUAGGAUGUUAUUGGUUUGGUGGAGUACCGCCGAGCAAGUACGGAUAUUCUAAACAUGGUGUACUUGCUAUAAAAGAAGACUC